GCUCACACAAGCCCAGCCAACGCGGGAUGUCACGAGCGUUCUCUCAUGUGGGCUCUUCCAUUUGCUUGAUCAUGGGCUUUGCUAGAGGCUGUCUCGAAUUGUAUACGAUAUUAGGACGCAUUCUGCCCAAAUGGACUGAGAUGUUUCUCUUUUUAGUUUGUUUUCAAAUUUACUCCCAUCCCCAAACCAUUCAUUCUCUCCGCUUCUCCUGCUGCAAGCGGAAGGUGCUUCACUUCAUUCCACUCAAAUCAAUAAAUCUUCCACACUAACGUACACACCCUAAAAUUAUGAACCCCUCUAUACCACAAAAUCUAGACGAAUACUCAGCAUCCGCAACCACAAUCAAAUUCGACCGCCCAAUCCCACUCCUUCGUGGCCCUAUACCCGCCGGACCGCCCGACGACCCGUCAAUCGGCCCACACGUCCUCGCUUUCAGAAACCCUCAAUCCUGGGCUGUCGCAUACAAAACCUGCGAGUCCAAAAUAAUCUCCCAGUGCGAGGAAGGAGCCAGGUUUGGGUGCGCGAUAGCCGCGUCAAAAAAAUGUAAGCCUCCCUGGUGGCGCGGUUUUAUUGGGGGAGCGAGAUUGGAAGACUUGAAGGAGAGGGAGAGGUGUGAGGAUCGCGAACUGGAAGGUUGUUUGGUUGCGGCUAAAGACAAGUGCGUUGGGUUUGCCAAGGAGAAAUGCUGGAAGCCUUUUAGGGACGCGAGAAUUGCGGUGAGGGAAGAGGAGGUUGUUAGGAAUUUAGUUAGUUUGGUUUCGGUGCCGCAGCGAAGCAGUAAGUGGAUUAGUUUAAUUGGGUUUGGAAAAUUUAAUUUUGGGGUUACCAAUUUCAGGGCAAGUGAAUUUUUGGGCUCUAAUAAAAAUCAUGCAUGGUUUUUUAAGUCGAUGUAGUGGAAUAGAAGAAGAGUAGGGGGAUCUGGGGUUCUGGGAAUUGCAUGGUUCAUGUUGUUUAACUGUGGCCAGCUUUUUAAGUUGGAGAUUCUGCGGUUUGGAUUGGGCACUUAAGAGUUUCAGAUGAUGUGACGGAAACAUGCAAUCUUUGGUGGCGCUAGCACAGCUGAAAUUCUGAAACUACUGUCACCUGUUAUGUUAGUAUUUAGGACGCCAUAUUUCAAGAUUUGAAGUGUAUGUGGUUAUGGAGUCUGCAAACGUGUCUGGGUUUUCAAGGUUCAAAUAUUCGGGCAAUUGUUGGGAAGGGCUGAAGCAGAUGCCUUCUUAUUGUACUUAUUUCCUGUUAAAGCAUGGAAUCUGGAGACCGUCCAAGUUUGGAGCUGGCUCAAAAACUUGCUCGAUACCACUUCAUGAAUCAUGUACGCAAACCAUUUGCUUCAACACCUGAUGUCAAGGUUGCAAGGUCAGUUGUUCCGUAAAUUUCAGGUUUCCUUGUAAAAGUUUUAUGAAAUUAUGUGGGAAACUGCUACUUGAAUUGAGGACCCGACUGGAAAAGGAGAGAGAGAGAGAGAGAGAGAG